AUGUUCAUGAUCGUGGCUACAACUGCCUUGAUUUUGGUUGGAGCAAUCUUACGAUGUAUUGUACUUUUCCAGUUCAAAUGGAAGAGAUAUGAGAAUUUAAUUUCGAAACCUAUCAUCGGAUACAUCGUGUGGGGUGUUCUCGAAACUAUUGUCAACUUAAUUUAUCUUAUUGGAAGAGUCGAUUUGAGAUUCUACAGACCAGACAUCUUGCCUCCUCAAGUGAGAGCCAUCAUUACUGCAGAGCAAAGCUUCUAUCCAUCCGAGUCCGAGGAGAGCGACGAGGAAGAUAUUUAUACCCCACGUUCGAGCACAGAAGGAAGCGCUUCAAAUGUCUCAAAGGCCUAUACAUCCGAUCUGCCCUUAUCUUACGACAAGGUUGAGCCUCCAUACCCGACCGACGAUGUCGAUGACGACAGGAAGACGACAGACAGUCUGUCAUUCCAGUUUCCACUGGAGAAGCCAGAAAAAAAGAGAGAUGUCAAACAUCUUGAGGAUGCUGAUGAUGACGAGUCUAUGUUCCACUUCUAA